AUGCUGGAGCCGAUGAUUGGCGCCCGCCAGUCGGACUUUCAGAGCUACAACGUCACACAUUCACCACCAUCAUCCCUCUGGGGCGUCCUCAAGUCUCAUGGCAGUUGGCGGCAGAAAGCCGAGAAGCUGAGCAACUCUGAACGAUUACUGAGGAAGAUUCAAAAAGAUGACUACGAUGACGAUUCUUCCUAUAGUCAUGGCGGUCAUGGAGGUUAUCAGGGCUUUGGUCAUUCAGAAUAUGAUUCUGCCAGCAAUGAUGAUUCCACGUACAUGAAGGACGACGAUGAAUAUGACGAUGAGUACUAUGAUGAUGAUUACAACCACUACCACGACAGUGAAGAGGAUAGUUAUGGAGACAAAAAAUCGGAAGAAGACGAAGAAGAUGACAGUGGGUACGAUGGAGGAGGCGGUUAUGGUGGUGGAUAUGGAAGCGAAGAACAUGAUGGUGGAGGUGGAGGAGGAGGUGGUUAUGGUGGAGGUGGUGGUGGUUACAAACCUGAACCAGAAGAAAACUAUGGAGGAGCAUCUCCCGAAGAUCAUCAUGGUGGUGGAUAUGGUGGAGAAGAAAAUGGAGGAGUGGAUUAUCCAAUAAUUGAGCCCGAUAAGGGUCCCUCUGGGCCACCACCAGGAUGGGAAAUGUACGGUGGUGCUGAAGAAACUUUCCCAGAGGGCGUUCCAGAAGGAUAUGAGGAAGUUCCUGAUGGAGAACCUGAUCCUCCAGAAACAGACUUCGAAGAAUUGAUGAGCUAA